UUGAAUAAAACUCCAAACCACUGCUGCCGUUUAUCACGCACGAUGACAGCUGCUUUAGGUAGUCCAAUUACCAACUGGUGCAUAUAACAGGGACACUUUGAGUUCAUUCGUAACUUGGAAGUAUAAGUAUGACACUACACAUCUGUCCACUCCGUACUGAUAACUGGGAGCCAGCUGGAAACUAAGUAUGUUGUUGGACCACGGAGACAAACACACCAGACAGAUGGACUUAUGAAAGCUGGAUAACUGAUACUGCCAGAGACAAGACUCCAGACAGAGAAGAACACUGACCAUACAGAUAUUCCACAUUAGUGGCCAAUAUUCCUCGGUGCCUCCCGCUCAUCAUACCAAUUUUCCCUGGGACCAAGUGCCGCACACACACCCCGAGGAGAAGAGCAAAUACCAGCAGUGUCACCACUUCCUCUGACAAGCACCAAUUAGUCAAGUCACUUGAAACUGACGACCUAUUAUCUGACCCAAGAACCCAAUGCCAACUGGCACUUCCUAUAUAUAUCAAUGUUUGCUGGCUUUAAAUCCAAGCAAACAAUUUCCAGUAAGCUCAUUGAAAACUGACAUCAAUCACAGUGAACUAGUUUGUUGACAGUGAGCAAUUGGUUGUUUUGAUGUUGUCAGUCGCUGGCUGACCAACCGAGGGCCAUGCACAGAGAAGACUUCCUGCUUGCGUGAUUGGACAGUAGGGGAUUAUGACAAUGAGGAGGAUGGUCUGUGGACAUAUAACAUUGACAUGUUGAUGUUUUAUAACAGAUCAGUUGGGAGUGUGUAGUGUACACAUGUGGUAACAAAUUAUGGAUUAGCCUGUCGAUUUCAGCUGUGGCGCAAUUUACAUUUGUCUACCAAUGUUUAUGUACAAAUACAUGUAUUAAGCUCACAUGGUUACAUAGACACAGAUUCCUAAUUUGGUAAAGGAUAUCUGUCUCUAAAGCAGCAAUACAUGUUUGUCACGGUUGAAGAAGCUUCACCUUGAAAAUUUAACGAGAAGUGAAAAGUAUCUCUUUGAUGGAAACAUCAAUUACAAGAAACUAAUCAGUGAUUGACAACGCAAUGGAAGCUCGAGCGAUCUUGUACAUAACAUUUGAGACUAUAAUAGGCUUUGUAUCUGUGGUAGGCAAUGGCCUUGUCCUUGUCGCUAUCUACAAGACACCCAAGCUACAGACGACCACAAAUUGUUUCAUUGCGAGUUUGGCACUGGCUGACCUUUUUGUGGGGAUUGUAGUCGCACCAUGUGCCGCUCUCAGUUUUCUCAAUCUCAGCAUGGACUUUUAUGCAUGUGUUUUCAUAAACUCUGUCAUAAUUCUUUUUACUCAAGUGUCAAUUUUCGGACUUUUAGCCGUGGCGAUUGAACGCUUUGUCGCCAUCAAACAUCCAUUCCUGUACCAACGUGUCAUGACCAUUCCCCGUGCCAUCAUGGCCCUUGUUGUCACAUGGAUAUUUGCGAUCCUGAUCGGGCUGGUUCCGAUGUUCGGAUGGAAUCUGGGACAAACUGGUUACAAGACAUGUGGUUUCACAGACGUCAUUGACAUGAAUUACAUGGUGUAUUUUAACUUUUUUGGCUUUGUGAUUACGCCACUGAUAAUUGUCAUGUUAAUCUACAUCUAUAUAUUCAUCAUCGUCAAGCGACAGAUGAGACAGAUCGCAGCCCUCGAGGUGGCAGCUGAGGGAAAGAAGAAGAACAAGAAAUUUAUGAAGGAAAUCAAAGCAGCUAAAUCUCUGGCCAUGGUUAUUGGACUUUUUGCAAUAUGCUGGCUGCCUGUGCACAUCUGUAACACCCUAACACUGAUAUGUGGGAUGGAAUGCUCCGUCCCUUAUGAGUUCCUGUUGGCAGCAAUUGUGUUGAGUCAUGCUAACUCUGUGUUAAACCCCUUCCUGUAUGCCUAUGGAAACACACAGUACAAGAACGCCUUCAGGAAAAUAUUCUUCUGUGGUACCAGGACUGGUCAGUUGAACACUGAUGAAAAUUCAGGGAACAACUCAAACAUGACCCGUGACAAUCUUGAAACAAGAAAUGGCGCCGUUCCAUCAACAAUGGUAAAGUACUGAAAGUGUGACGAACGUCAGAUUUUGUCACGACAAAAUACUGACAGAAGUUAGAACAAAUGUAUUUAUUAGCACUGUAAGGAUAUUGGUGUAACCCAGGUAAGAGAAACGUAGUGUUCAGACCUAAUCUUGCUCAAGUCCCUUCCAAUAGUACAAGUCCAUCUUAACCAGUGAAUUCUGGGUAAGAAUUGGUCACCUUCAACCUAUGCUGGUCAAAAGAGGUGACCGAAUGGAUCAGACGGUCAAGUUUGGUGAUUUUGUGUCAUUGUACCCCAUAUUGAUUGUUACAGCAUCAGUCACUGAAAUGUCUGGUCCAGACUUGAUUAUUUACAGUCUGUCAUCAAAAAGCUGAAAUAUUGCUGAAUGGCAUCAAACAACAAGUAAACCAGCUGAAACUACAUCUCACAGUCAUGAUGCCAUUUAUCCAUGUUCCCCUCCUGCUGUUCAGUUACAAUGAAAGUGUAAACUAUGUGACCCGGAAUACACACGCCAUCAUAUUUCUGAUUUAAAUGUUCAACAUGUGUUAAUAAUUGAAUGUGCCAUUUAUCCAUGCUGCUGUCAAACAGGGCUAGGUCCGGAAUAUGUUUGUUUGUUUUGUUUUAGAAGAAGUAUUUAUAUUUGUGUUGACACAUUGUGAUUUAGCAUUGUUACUUUGUUCUCAAAUAUUUAUGUAAAAUAUGUACAUAUUUAAAGAUAUUUCUUCAUUUAUUGACAUUGAUAACAGUAUUGUGCUAUUGCAAGGGUAGUGUGAGUACAGGAUUUGAACACAAUCAGAUAAGGAAAUCAAUCUGAAGGUACACCAGUCAACUAGUGCACACAAUAUAGUCAGUAACUGUAACUGCAAGAAGCCUCGACUUUGUAGAAGCCAGUUUCAUGGGGUUAGUCUAAAUUGUCUGCUAUGCCACUGACAUAAAUAUCUCCCCUCUUACCAAAUUACAACAGUUUUAGCUGUAUGUUACAAAAUUAUCAAACAGAGAAGUAACUCUAAAAGGAAGUAUCAUUUCUUUUCUAUCCAUCAAAUAUUUUCUGUGCAGAAUGAGUUCUUGUUUUAUCAUUAAAGUUUAUGUAUUUUCACGAAGUAGCACAUACCAUGUUAAAUAUUUCUCUAUGGGAAAGGCAAGCCUGAGACCAAGGAAAUGGGUGUUAUGACUUACAGGAGGAGCAAAGAACUGUCAAAUAACAUCUAGCGCCAUUUAGAGGAGGAGUAAUUACAGUGACAAAUAUUUAUUUACAGCAACUCUUGGCUCUAGGCAGUUGUACAAACAGAUAUGUAGAGUGUAGGUCAAGAGCGGUUAAACCUGACAAGCUGAUGGUACUACGCCACUAGUAACUAGAGUACUCUAUGUCCAGUUGUUCUAACUUUAGCAUAUAUCAGUAUUUUUCUCCUUAAUGCACUCAGCAGUCAUCUAGUCUCCCAAAUUUCAUUUUUCACUGAAGGAAACAGUUUUAAAUUAUCUGAAAUAAUUAUAAUGAAACAUUAGAAUAGAGACUUUCUCCACUUUCAUUGAAACUGUAGGAAUCUAGCCUGGAGAACUACUGUAUGGACUUACAUGGGCUGUACUGGAAGUAUUUCUUUAAUGAUCUGGGUGCCGUUGUACAAAACAACCUUAGCGCUAAGGUAACCGUAACUCCCAUACCUUAACAUAGACUUAAGGUAGUCUUAGCGUUAAGGUUGUUUAGUACAACGGCACCCAG